GAACAAGGGUUUUUUGGCUACCCGGUCGAACUGUACAACAACUUUGACCUUGAAAGGCAUGCUGAUCUUUUCAUGAAGACACAUCCCAUAGCUCAAUUGAACAACUACCUGGAGGAAGCUAUGGCAGUUAGGGGCACUGUUCCACCGCCUGAUUAUUACCCAUUUGACACUGCCUUAUCUUGCCAGCCACCUGAAGAUCUGCAGGGAUUGUACAGAGGAAGCCACCAGCUUCUUAGCAGAUCAGGCUCGCAUUAUGGGCUGAGUGCAGGAGGGGUUAGAUCUGCCUGGGAUCAAGGGCAACCCAGGGCUCCUACUCGUGCACCUACACCUGGCCCCGCUCCACCUCCCCCUCCACCGCCUCCUCCUCCACCACCUCCCCCACCCACAGCUCUUGAGUUGAGCCGUUUGUACAGGGAUUCUAUAGCCAUCCCAGACAGUCAGCGUAUUCGCAGUAGGGCCGCCUCUCCUUCCUGUUUCGGGAUUGCGGCCGAUCAGGCCUCUCUGGCAGGCCAUUCUAGUUACAACGAAGUGAACGGCCUACAUCUUGAACACCCUCAGUCUACCUGUAUUGUGAUGGAUCCUACACCCACUGUUGUGGAUGGAAGUGUGCAUCGAGGAAUAUCUACUUAUGGUAAUGUACCUGCUCAAAGGAUGUCCUAUGAUCCUGUCUAUGAUGCCAGUGCAGCUAUGGUGGCCGCUACAACAGCUCCGCUUUCAGCUGGAAUCACAACCCACCACCCAUCAGCAGCUGUUACCAUGGAACAAAAGAGGGCUGUGGAUCCUACGUUCUUAUCUUAUUUGCGUAGCGAGGGUCUAUCUGAAAGCACCAUCUCCCUUCUGUUGCAGCAAGGAUUUGACUCUGUCGCCAUGCUUUCCAUGAUGGAAGAGCAUGAUGUUCGCUCCAUGGCUCCAAACCUCGGCCAGGCACGGGUACUCUCAAGGGCAGUGCAUAACUGCAAGACAGGAGGCACUGGUGUGCAAACAAUGCGUGGCCGAUCCAACAGCUUCAGCCAUCGUAACGAUCUCUACACACAGCCUCAAGGUUUGGCCAUAGACUCACACCUCUUGCAGCAGCCCUCAAACACCCUGCAGACCAUGUCUCCGAGGAUAGGCGAGUUUAUCAACCGCAGACCAAGCAGCGCACCGUCUCAACAUCUGUUAGAAACCACAAGUUAUCCUGGGAUGCGUUCUUUUGGAGGGCUUUCGACCACUCCUGCGUCAUAUAGUGCUUCAUUGCCGCAGGCACGACAACUAACAAUGUACAACCCCCAUACUGGCCUGCCAAUGUCGAGCCAGCCACAGCAGCCUGGCAUUAUGGGCACCACUGGUCUACCACCCAAAGCUUUCUCUAGCACCUACACGCCUAUAGAGUUGAUGAAGAGAGCGCCUAGUAUACCUCAUAUGCCUCAAAACCCAGGCCCUCACCCUAGUCCCCAGCUUUUGAGGAAGGGGGUUACAUCUGUGGAGAGUGUGCCUUCAGGUACCACUGCCCAGUCUCAGUCCCUUAACCCCAACAAUAAGAUGGCUCGCCGUACUGGUCCUCCAGUCAUUGUGUCCACCAUGGCUUCACCAGAUACAAGUAUUAGGCCUCAAAUCUUGAACGGCCCCAUGCACCCGCGCCCGUUGGUGGCGCUGCUGGAUGGACGCGAUUGCACUGUAGAGAUGCCCAUCCUCAAAGACCUGGCAACCGUGGCCUUCUGUGACGCUCAGUCCACACAGGAGAUCCACGAGAAGGUGCUGAACGAGGCAGUCGGUGCCAUGAUGUACCACACGAUCACUCUGACCCGCGAAGACCUGGAGAAGUUUAAAGCUCUACGCAUCAUCAUCCGCAUCGGCAGCGGAUACGACAACAUCGACAUCAAAGCCGCAGGGGAGCUGGGCAUUGCUGUGUGUAACAUUCCAUCAGCGGCGGUGGAGGAGACGGCGGACUCCACCAUGUGCCACAUCCUGAACUUGUACAGGAGAAACACAUGGCUGUACCAGGCUCUCCGCGAAGGCACACGGGUCCAGAGCGUGGAGCAGAUCCGAGAGGUGGCGUCAGGAGCGGCGCGAAUUCGCGGAGAAACCCUCGGACUCAUCGGCUUCGGGCGUUCGGGGCAGGCGGUAGCGGUCCGGGCGAAGGCGUUUGGCUUCAGUGUGAUAUUUUAUGACCCGUACCUUCAGGAUGGUCUGGAGCGAGCGCUCGGUGUACAGAGAGUGUACACACUACAGGACCUGCUGUAUCAGAGUGACUGUGUGUCUCUACACUGUAACCUGAACGAACACAACCACCAUCUGAUCAAUGACUUCACCAUCAAACAGAUGCGUCAGGGGGCGUUCCUGGUGAACGCGGCUCGAGGUGGUCUGGUGGAUGAAAAGUCUCUGGCUCACGCUCUGAAGGAGGGAAGGAUACGAGGAGCAGCACUGGACGUCCAUGAGAACGAGCCGUUCAGUUUUGCACAGGGACCUUUAAAGGAUGCUCCGAAUCUGAUCUGCACUCCACACACAGCAUGGUACAGUGAACAGGCCUCUUUGGAGAUGAGAGAGGCAGCAGCUACAGAGAUCCGCCGAGCUAUCACAGGUCGGAUCCCAGACAGUCUCAGAAACUGUGUGAAUAAGGAGUUCUUCAUCACCACUUCAGCCUGGGGUGUGAUGGAGCAGCAGACUGUACACCCUGAGCUUAAUGGCACAGCCUACAGGUUCCCACCAGGCAUUGUUGGCGUGACACCAGGAGGCAUCGCCGCGGCGAUGGAGGGCAUAGUGCCGGGCGGAGUGCCUGUAACACACUCACUACCAUCGGUCACACACCCGUCACAGGCACCAUCUCCAAACCAGCCAUCCAAACACGGAGAGAGCAGAGAACAUCUGACUGAGCAAUAGCAACACACACACACACACACACACACACUUGUAGCACAAGCUCUUGGAAACGCAUACAUUAACACAUUAAUAAACACACAAUAACUCCUAGCAUGGCAGCCUGUAUCUAAGCGUCUUUCCAAUGAACACACUCGCCUUCUGGGACCAACACACACACACACACACACACACACACAAACACAAACAUGUUGCAGCUCUUGGGACAUUAAAACUUUAUACUCUUUUUCAUUCGAUUUUUCAUCUUUUGUUUUUUUUUUUGUUUGUUUGUUUGUUUUUUGAGAAAACGAAUGAUGCUCUGUACAAUGAAGCUCCUCCCACCACCACGUGUCAUCGGAUGGCGCCUCCUCCCACAGACCCCACCCACCUCUUUUGUUGGUAGUUCACGCUGUUUUCGGCUCUUAGCGUUUAUCUUCCUUUAUCUUCAGAGUGACAGAAUAUUAACUCGGAGAAGUGGUUAUAAAAUAUAGCUCUAUAUAUAAAUAUAUUUAUCAGUCUAAGAACAAAUGAGCGAUUGCCCACCAGCAGGUGAUCCACGUUAACCCUUUCCUGGCCACGCCCACCCACCAGACACCGAGAACCAAAUGUCCUGAUGCUAAGGAUGAUCUUUAUAGCAGACUUUUUCUCACGGCUGUGUUUUGACUCAGACGGCAGCUGCUUCAUGAAACUCUUUACUUUGGAUAGAUUUGAAGCGAUUUCUCACACACAAUACUUAACACAAUAUUUCAUGAAGGUUUCACAGAACAUCUCAGAACUCUGGUCUCCUGGCUAACAUGAGUCAGAAGCUUGCUAAAAAUCAUGUGAUGUCACAGAAAACGUUUUUUUCCUAGCCGCUAACUUGCUAGCCUUUCUCCAAGCCAGCCUUUCCAGCCACCUACUUAUGGUUAGCGCGAAGAAAGUCAGCAAAACGUCGGCUAGCUCGGGAUCAAUCCUCAGGUAAAAGAAUAAACUAGCGAUAGUUAGCAGCGUGCUAAAGAUUCCGGUGUAGGUUAAAAACUUAAAGGCUUCACAAAUACGAUGCGAUUAUUUGGUUAAAAGCGAACAGAAAGCUUGGAUGAGGAAGAAACGCUUUGUUUCACAGAUGAGACUAUAAACAGAAACCGAUACGCCGUGUUGUGCUGUUAGAGUCGUUAGGGAGGAUUUAGCGUCCCGACGUUUCCAUGACGAUGAGUAAGUGUUUGAUUCCUCUUGUACCACAGCAAUUUACCCCAGUUACAGUAGCUACAUUUAACGUCAUACAAACGACUUCUCGCCGAUCAUGUAGACUUUUACAUUUAUUCAGAGCGACGUAUGUUUUUAUCCUUUUUUUUUAUUUUACACAUGAGCAGUUAAGGGUUCAGGUGCCCAGCGGAGGGGGAUGUGGGAUUCGAUCUCAUGACCUCCAACACCUUAACCACUACACGUUUACCACAUCCCACUUAUAGCAGCUUUAGAGACUCGAUUCCUCGCACCAAGGCCUUGUUUUUAUUUCUUGACAUAAAAAAGCAGUCAGAAGACGUCAGAGUGUCUGCAGUACUGCGUUAAACAUCAUGAUGUUAACGAUCACUAAUGUUGGACAUGAAGUCACCAAGGAUGGAUGUGCAGGACCUGGACGUUUCGUUUUCGUCCACGGACUCGAGGACUCGUUUCGACAGAGAGACCUCCGUCCUUUCUUUCACGUCGUACGACUCUACAGAUCUCGGAUCAAACAGGAAAGGGUUAAAGCAUUAACUUCAUUCCACAAUGACUCAGGAAAACCAAGACACUCAAUUUUUUUUUUCGUGUGUGUGCGCGUGUGUGAGGAAAAGAAAAGUUGAAAAAAAGACGAUUGAAGAGUUCACACGGAUGAAUUACAGUAGUCGGUUUCCUCUCCCUCUUCUUUCCUUUGUUGUUGUGUUUUUUUAUUAUAAAAUCAGACAUCUCGUUUUCUGGUGUUUAAAAAAAAAGAGAAUAUGACAAAAAAAUGGUUUUGCAGUCCUGAUAGAUUUGUAUUGCCUAGUUCAGUGUUUCUAUAACCAUAGUCUGAUGUGAUCUGCCCAUCUCUCUCUCUCUCUCUCUCCCUCUCUCUCUGUCUCUCUCUCUCUGUCUCUCUCUGUCUCUCUCUCUCUGUCUCUGUCUCUCUCUCUCUGUCUGUCUCUCUCUGUCCCUCUCUGUCCCUCUCUUUCUCUGUCUCUCUCUGUCUCUCUCUCUCUGUCUCUCUCUCUCUCUGUCUCUCUCUGUCUGUCUCUCUCUCUGUCUCUCUCUCUCUCUGUCUGUCUCUCUCUGUCUCUCUCUGUCCCUCUCUUUCCCUCUCUCUCUCUCUCUCUCUCUCUCUCUCUCUCUCUCUCUCUCUCUCUCUCCCCCUCUCUCUCUCUCCCUCUCUCUCCCUCUCUGUCUCUCUCUCUCCCUCCCUCUCUCUCUCUGUUUUUUAUGUUGCAGAUGAAUGAAAGCCGUACCGUUGUUCAGAGUCACAGCAAUAGAACGACACAAGCAGAAACACCGUUCAAGCCACAGCACUAUGGUUUUAUUUCAUUUAAUUUUGUUUGUUUGUUUCUUUGUUUGUUUGUUUUUUGAAUUUGUUUUUUUUUUGUUUUGUUUUUUUUUUUUGUUUUUAGCUUGAGCAUUUGUAUUUGUUUCUUGUACAAGGUGAACAUUUAGCAGUCGGUGCCGUUCCAAUAAAAGUUACUGAGUUCUGAGAUUCGUCUGUUUUUUUUUUUUGUUUUUUUGCGAUUUUGUUUGUAUUCAGUUUAUAUUCAGAUUCAACAAACAUUAAACAUUUUGAAAAGUUUUAAAUGCUUUAAAUAAUCAAGAGUAACCAUGAGUAAAUAUA